AUGGUGCUACCAAACGCCAACUCCUCAGCAAACAAUGACCCCAACCGCCUACAUGACGCAGCCGAUCACCGUGCCCCAGACCGUAACCGGACCUCAAGUAAUCACCUGUCAGGCCAGACCCAGUUGCCCAUCCUAUCAAAUAUGUCCUCUGUAUAUAUACUACUGAAAGACCGAGCUGCCCGUCAGUCUCGACGCCUACCUGCGGUAAAGGGAACAUGCGGAACGCCGCCAGCUCUGCCGGUACCCUCGCUGUACGCCACCUACCCUACUCCCCUCUCCCCCUCCUACUGGCAGGUGCGUCCCAAAGUUAACCCCCUGGACGUGCGUGGUCGUGAUGGCGGCAUUCGUAUCACCAUGGAGACCGAGGAUGCCACAUAUCACAAUCAGUGUAGAAGCGAAAUAAAGCAGCAUGAGGAGUUGGAGCGCUAUCACAGAGCAUGGAAACGCUACUACUAUGGAAGUCCAGCUGAAAAAGAGCUCCACAGGUAAGUUCCUCCUAGGCUUGCAAAAUAUUCGAUCCAUGAUAUUAGACUGUAUCUGCGUGAGGCUCUGAAGACACAAAUACAGGAAAUGGAAGAGCGAAGGAGAGCACAGAAAGCGAAUCAGUCUGGCGGUAGGCUCGUUUCGUUCUUGCGACUACUGAUCAUUUCCAUUGGUAGAAUUUGCACACAUUACGAAGGAGGUGAAUGCCGAACGAGUCAAAGGACUGGAGGCCGAAGAAAAGCAUAGACAAUACCUUCAGUCCUUCAGGGAUGCCAACAAGCGGGUAAUUUAUACUUUGAGGUCGUUCUUCAACCACCAUAAAACGAAAGCUCGGUUUAAUCCUUUCAGCUUGUCUUAGCGGUUUCCAAGUUAGACGUAUAGUAGUUGUCGGUUUGUACACCAUUUGUUCAGGCUCCUUUCAACGAGCUCAGACACAUUCAUAAUGAACGAAAGGAUUCGACAGUAUUUUCUGAAUUAUGGACUUCCUUCUCACUGAAUACCUGUUGGUUCAUGCUAUGACGCACAGCGCGAGAGGACAUUAGAUAGUUACGCAAUCAGCGAGCGUCCCUCUUUUAUUGUAUUUACCUGAUUGUGACCGACAGAACAAAAAACCCGUGGCUAAGUUAUUAGGGCGUUGGACUCCUAACCAGCAGAUCGCAAGAUCGGAUCGGCUAUGGACUGAUAAUAAGUGAGAAACGCCAUUCCAGUCUCUCUUGCCUUUAAUAGUGAUGUUAUUCUGCCGCAUAUAUAUAUAUGUAUAUGCUUAAAGAUUCGAGAUGCAGACAUUGUAUCGCGUUCAUCAAUGCGGCACGUUUAUUUGACCACAAUUACGCCGACCCCAAAAGGGAGCAAAGGUUACGCAGGCCUGUCAGCGGUCAGCCCCGAUGAGGUCUAAGCCAGUCAGCGGCAAACAGGCAGGUCAAAGUUCGUGCGUCGAGCACGGCUAUAAUACGAGACAACCGGCAAGACAACUCAAGACCGGCAAGGGCAACAAUUAUGCUACUCUGGUGAUGGAAACGAGGAAGUUUCCGAAACGGCAGUUCGAAUACAAUAUGGCUCAUGAAUUCGCCCUCUCUUCUUCUUCGUCUUCUUCGGGAGAUGAUGAACGCGAUAUAUAUGUAUGUAUAAUGGUCGAUUGGGCGCUCACCAAUCGUUCUUACGGAACUCACUCGUCCCGUUGUGCCUUAUGGACUCUCUCUCGAGCCCAACCAGCAGC